CGUGACGUCAAGACGCCACGAUCCGGGCGUCGAAGCCCAAGGAAGACAAGAGCCAGCCGGGUGGGGAGCAGUCCUGCGGCCGUGUUGCUAUCAUUCGGAGCCGCCGCUGACGAGUCCCGGGGGCGUACGGACGAGACAGUGAAAAAGCAGUCUGGCUCCCGAGGUCCACCCCGUACACCCCAGGGUCCAGAUGGCGGCCAACGUGGGUGAUCAGCGUAGCACGGAUUGGUCCUCUCAGUACAGCAUGGUGGCCGGGGCAGGCAGAGAGAGUGGCAUGGAGACCCCCAUGCACGAGAACCCCGAGUGGGAGAAGGCCCGCCAGGCCCUGGCCAGCAUCAGCAAAGCGGGAGCUGCCGGCAGCUCUGCCAAGGCCAGCAGCAGCGGGCCCGUGGCCAGUGCACAGUACGUGUCACAGGCAGAAGCCUCAGCUCUCCAGCAGCAGCAGUACUACCAGUGGUACCAGCAGUACAACUAUGCCUAUCCGUACAGCUACUAUUACCCUGUGAGCGUGUACCAGAGCUACGGGUCCCCCUCCCAGUACGGGAUGGCCAGCUCCUAUGGCUCAGCUGCGCCGCAGCAGCCGUCCGCACCGCAGCACCAGGGCGCUCUGAACCAGCCCCCGGUCCCGGGCAUGGACGAAGGCCUGUCCUACCAGGCGCCCCCUCAGCAGCUGCCGGCGGCCCAGCCCCCUCAGCCCUCCAGUGCCCCGCGGGGGGCUCACCCUUUGAGCAGCGGCCCGCAGCCCGGGACGGCCCCUGCCACGCAGCACAGCCAGGCAGGAUCCGCCUCGGGCCAGGCCUACGGGCAGCACGGCUACAGCGAGCCCGCCAAGCCCAAAAAGGGCCAGCAGCUGUGGAACCGCAUGAAGCCGGCUCCUGGGACUGGCGGGCUCAAGUUCAACAUUCAGAAACGGCCUUUCGCUGUCACAAGCCAGAGCUUCAGCUCCACCACGGAGGGCCAGCACGGCAGCUUCGGUCCCCAGCCCAACCCCGAGAAGGCCCAGAACCACAGGGGGAACCUGUCCGGGAAGCCCGACGACUGGCCGCAGGACAUGAAGGAGUACGUGGAGCGCUGCUUCACCGCCUGCGAGUCGGAGGAGGACAAGGACCGGACGGAGAAGCUGCUCAAGGAGGUGCUGCAGGCGAGGCUCCAGGACGGCUCGGCCUACACCAUCGACUGGAGCCGGGAACCCCUGCCGGGGUGCGUGGGGCCAGGGGGC